AUGAGGAGACAAGUGGCGAAGCUGCUGGCUGCUCCUCUGCUCAGCUGUUGUUACAAUCCCGAUGCGGGCACUCUCAGGGAGUACGCAUCUCCGAACCAUGCGCGAUCGCCGUGCAGGCCGAGCAGGAGCGAGGAGCGGACGGAUGAGCACGUGUUCUUCUGCCCCAUCUGCAUGUUCUACCUGGACAGGAUGCAGAGGACCGUGUGCUGCAGCCAUCACAUCUGCCAGGACUGCGCCAGGGAGAUGCUAGAUCGCAUACCUGCCUUCAGGGCAGACUACGACCAGUCUAAGAUCGAGCGGGAGAUCUCCUGCCCCUACUGCGGUCAAGAGAACCUGAGGCUCUCGACCGUCAGCAAGGAGACGAACGUGCGCAGUUAUGACGACUCUCCCAUGCACGAGCUCAACGCCCGCAUGCUGGAGAUACAGAGCUCGACCUUGUCGCCCCUGAGAGUGAGAAGAGGUGGAUGUGUCGAGCGAUGA